AUGGAAGGUAAAAUGCUUAUAUUGGUGUUGUUAUGUGUGUUCCCUACCUUAAAUGCUAAUAUAGCUGAAUUCGACCAAGUAUGGAUGGAGCGAUCUAUAGAAGCCAAAAAAGCAGCUCGCAAGGCUUUCAAGCCAAACCCUGAGGCAGUAACUGAUGAAUUCAAUCAACAUGUCAACAAGGACCUUGAAGGUUCCAAUAAAACGAGAAGGGGUUUAUCCGGCAAAUACAAAGGUCCAUGUAUGGCUACAAAUCCCAUUGACCGUUGCUGGAGAUGUGACCCCAAUUGGGAGAAAAACCGCCAACGGUUAGCAGACUGUGCUAUUGGUUUCGGCCACGGCACGACGGGCGGCAAAGGUGGCAAAAUCUACGUUGUCAAUGAUCCCUCAGAUCAUGAUCUCCUCAACCCAAAACCUGGGACUCUGCGAUUCGCAGUGAUUCAGAAGGAGCCAUUGUGGAUCAUUUUUAAACAUGACAUGACCAUCAAGCUUAGUAGUGAGCUUAUAGUCACUAGUCACAAGACCAUAGAUGCACGUGGUGCCAAUGUUCACAUUGCCAAUGGUGCCCAAAUGACUCUACAGUUUGUGAAGAACAUAAUCGUUCAUGGAUUGCAUAUUCACGGCAUCAGGAAACAUGCCGGCGGCAUGAUAAGAGACUCGGUCGACCACUUUGGAAUCCGCACUGAGAGCGAUGGGGAUGGGCUUUCAUUGUUUGGAGCUACUAACAUUUGGAUUGAUCAUGUUUCUCUGUCAAAUUGUGAUGAUGGACUUAUUGAUGCCGUUGCUGGAUCAACAGCUAUUACCAUAUCCAACUGCCACAUGACUCGCCAUAAUGAUGUAAAUUACAUCAUCACUUUCUGUUACAUCCUUUUUCUGCAGAAAUAUUUUGUUAUAUUACUUGGUGCAAGUGAUGCCUACUCAGGAGAUCAAAUCAUGCAAGUAACAUUGGCAUUCAACCAUUUUGGGCAAGGAUUGGUGCAGAGGAUGCCAAGGUGCAGAUGGGGUUUCUUCCAUAUUGUCAACAAUGACUACACUCACUGGCUUAUGUAUGCCGUCGGUGGUAGCCAACAUCCCACCAUCGUCAGCCAGGGCAACCGAUUUAUCGCACCUCCAAACCCAGCUGCAAAAGAGGUUACCAAGAGGGAUUAUGCUCCUCAAAGUGUGUGGAAAAAUUGGAAUUGGAGAUCAGAGGGUGACUUAAUGCUGAAUGGAGCCUUCUUUGUUGAGUCUGGGACGAAGGUUACAAACUUUCCCAAAUCAGCAGGUAUUACUGCAAAGCCUGGGAGUUUCACAUCAAGUCUCACUCGCUUUGCAGGUCCUCUCAAAUGUGUAGUACACAAGCCAUGCUGAGCAAAGUACCAGAUCAGAGUUUUUGUGCUUAUUUAGUGUUUUCUAUUUUUCAUUUAUUUUCUCUUCCAUUUUCCCUUUGAUCAUAAUAUAGGAUUAGAGGAGAACAAGUUAAAGUGAGAGUUGUACAUGUAAGUUAGAGCAAGCCUGUUAUCUCUAGGCAUGGAAACACUUAGCAAUCGAUAUAUCAGCGGUCAUAUUGUAAAGAGUUCGAUUUAAUAAUAGCAAGUAUUCCUAAUAUAUUCAUCUAUCUUCAUCCAAGAAAUAUUUUCACUUUUUUUUUUUUUUCAAUACAUAAAUAUCAAAUACGUUACAAUGUAUAAGAAAGAAAUGAAAGCCUAAUAUACAAAGGUACCGGAGUGACCUAUCAGAUUCAGAUAUAUGUAUACUUGGUACCAGCAUU